UUCUUCCUCUCCGAUUGAUCUCAUCGUAAUGGCUUCCAACAGCGAAAAGGGUCUCGUCGUGAGCUUCGGCGAGAUGCUCAUCGACUUCGUCCCCACUGUCUCCGGAGUCUCCCUCGCUGAUGCCCCCGGCUUCCUCAAGGCUCCCGGCGGCGCCCCCGCCAACGUCGCCAUCGCCGUCGCGCGUCUCGGCGGACGUGCCGCCUUCGUCGGAAAGCUCGGUGACGACGAGUUUGGCCAUAUGUUGGCCGGGAUCCUGAGGAAGAACUGCGUCGCCGAUCAGGGCAUCAACUUCGACAAAGGAGCCAGGACGGCUCUCGCGUUCGUCACCCUCCGAUCCGACGGAGAGCGAGAGUUCAUGUUCUACCGGAAUCCCAGCGCCGACAUGCUACUCCGCCCCGAUGAACUCAACCUCGAGCUCAUCAGAUCCGCAAAAGUUUUCCAUUACGGAUCAAUAAGCUUGAUAGUGGAGCCAUGUAGGUUGGCUCAUUUGAAGGCAAUGGAAGUCGCCAAAGAAGCCGGAGCUCUUCUUUCCUACGACCCGAACCUCAGGGAAGCUCUAUGGCCUUCGGCCGACGAAGCCCGGGAGCAGAUAAUGAGCAUUUGGGACAAGGCUGACAUCAUCAAGGUCAGCGAUGUCGAGCUUGAGUUCCUCACUGGCAGCAACAAGAUCGACGAUGAGACCGCCUUGUCCCUUUGGCAUCCCAGCUUGAAGCUCUUGCUCGUCACUCUCGGCGAAAAGGGUUGUCGGUAUUACACCAAGAAUUUUCAUGGAUCCAUUGAUCCAUUCCAUGUGGACACGGUGGAUACGACCGGAGCUGGAGAUUCUUUUGUUGGCGCUCUUUUAACCAAGAUCGUCGACGAUCAAUCCAUCCUUGAGGAGGAAGAGAGAUUGAGGAAAGUUCUGAGAUUUGCAAAUGCGUGUGGAGCGAUAACGACGACCAAGAAGGGAGCAAUCCCUGCUCUUCCUACCGAUACCGAAGUUGUUGGCUUUCUCCGAGGCAAAUAGAAACAAUCAAGUGAUACUUUAAUUUGUUUUCCCCCCUAAGGGCUUCUCCUUGGAGCUUGUUUCUCCCUAAUGUAUCUGAUCUGAAUAGAGGAGAGCACCAAGGAAUGGGUUGCCCGAUUUUUAUCUCUCUUCGUUUUUGAUGUAAUGAUUUGAGAGACUUCGUGUUUUAAGCAUCGGUCACAGACUUAGCAAACGGAACUAAUACAUGUACAUGCAGAAAGGUCCUCCACAUUAUAAUCUUGACGCUAUUACUACUGCUUGCUUUGUCGGUGGUUUAGCCAAGAUCUGGGGACAAUGAAGUGUUUCUUCUUUGUCGUCGUCA